GGGGAGCGUGAGCCCGGCGUGGCGCGGGCCGGAGGCGGCGGCAGGAGCGGAGCCCCAGCGCAGAGCAGCCGCCAGUGCCCGGCGGAGGUGUUACCAGGAGUCUGAAGUGGUUGAUCGAGACCUAAGGACUUGGAACAGUGGUGUGUGAUGUCAAACAGUGGGCAGUCCUUGUGGCCUCCCCUCGUCAGCCUGCAGCAUCAUGUGCCAGUAUGAAUAUUAAGACAGAAAACUGUACUUCAGAGCUCAGCAUCCCAGAAAGGAAAAAGGAGGAACUAAGGAGAGAGAACAAAUGACAGCACUGCUUGCAAAACUUGGGGCUGUUCAUUUUUUUUUCCUGAGAAAUUUUGUCUGAAAGAGCAGACAGCGCAACCACAGUGAUUUUUUUUCUUUCUUUCUUUUUUUUUUUUUUUUUACAGUCCUUUUUUUUCUUUUUAAUUUAACUUUUUCUCUCUGGUGCCUGGAUUUUAAUACUGUCGGCUGCACUGAUCACAAGCACUGGACAUCAAUAUGUGUCAUGUCAUUGUAACAUGUCGGUCAAUGCUGUGGACUCUCCUGAGUAUCGUGGUGGCCUUUGCAGAGCUCAUCGCUUUCAUGAGUGCGGACUGGCUGAUUGGCAAAGCAAAGCCAUCGAGCUCUGAGGAUGUAGACGACAGAACAGGGGGGUCUCAGGAGCCUUACCGUCCCACACUGGGCAUCUACGGGCGCUGCAUCAGAAUCUCCCACAUGCAGCUUUCCAGACGAGACACGCUUUGUGGUCCUUACGCUGAAAGCUUCAAUGAGAUUGCCAGUGGGUUCUGGCAGGCAACUGCAAUUUUCCUACCCAUGGGAAUCCUGAUUCUCUGUGCUGUGGCGUUUGUGUCUGUUUUUACUAUGUGCGUGCAGAGUGUUAUGAAGAAAAGCAUUUUUAAUGUGUGUGGGCUGCUACAAGGGAUUGCAGGCCUCUUCCUUAUCUUAGGCUUGAUACUUUACCCUGCAGGUUGGGGAUGCCAGAAAGCAAUAAGCUAUUGUGGACCUUACGCUUCUCCUUACAAGCUAGGAGACUGCUCCUUGGGCUGGGCUUUCUACACAGCUAUUGGUGGGACUAUUCUGACGUUCAUCUGUGCAGUCUUCUCGGCGCAAGCUGAAAUAGCCACAUCCAGUGACAAAGUGCAAGAAGAAAUAGAAGAAGGAAAAAACCUUAUCUGCCUCCUUUAACUCCAGUGGGGAAAAAAUACCAGUGCCUAGAUCUGAAUCUGCUUUCUAUUGACUGCACAAGCAGACCCACUUACCUGCAUCUACCAAUUGUGUGAUUGAGCCCCAUGCGUUCCAGCCCCGAACUACUGAAACGGUCUUUCUUCUUUGCUGGGCAAUGAGGGUCAGAGAAAGGAUCCUGAGAAACCAGAAUGUAAAUACUUGGGGAUUUUUUUUCUUUUUUUUUUUUUUCAGUUUCAUUCUAUGAUCAGGACACAGUAGAAUAUAUUAAUCUGCCUGGGGAGGCGAGGAAUCGUGUCUAUAGCAGGAGUGUUGCUAUUAUACCUGACAAAUUCUGAUUGAUCGGAUUGCCUUACCCA